AUGGACGGCGACGCUUACGAGCUGGACUUCCUGGAGGUCCCACCUCUCACUCCGACCAGUAAGGAGGUCCUGAGUCAGGCUGUGAAGGCCAGUUUUGCUGGCUUUGCCCAGGAGAUCGUCAGCCAUCACCUUCCACACGAUCCUAGCUUGUGGUCUGAGUGGGAGGUGAACCACUGGUUGGACUGGUGCCAGUCUGAGUUUGGUCUGCACUGUCUGGACUCAGACCUGAGGGGUCUGCAGGGGAGAGAACUCUGCAGUCUGGACAGAGAAGCUUUCCUUGGCCUGAUGUCGGACUGCGCUGCAGGAGAGAUCCUGUGGGAGCAUCUGGAGUCUAUGAGGAGAGAGAACUUCUUAGAGCUUGUUCAGGAGCACUCAGACAAACAUGGUUUCCAGACUGAGUUUCAUGCCUCUGAGAACACCACCCUCCACCCCCUGCAGCCCGCCGCUCUGCAGCAUGAAGGUUUCUAUCUGCUGCCAACACAGGAUGCCCGAGGGAACACUGCCUCUGCUUUUCUGAUGCCGGAAACUAACAGGAACCAAGAAACAUAUUCGGAAACAAAUACUGCUCACAGCCAUGGAGACUCUGACAUUGUGGGCUCUCUGUCUUGGACUACUCCACUUCAUGACAUAGAGCCGGUAAUGGAAGAGAGUAUUUGUGAUGAUGCCUUUACCUUACCGCAGAAACACCAGAGCUUCAAGGAAUAUGUAGGAAAUAAAACAUAUUUGGGUAAAGCUGUGAUACCGGCCGCCAUCCUCGCUGGUUACACCGGUAGUGGUCCCAUUCAGCUGUGGCAGUUUCUACUUGAGCUCCUGACAGACCGAAGCUGUCAGUCAUGUAUAAGCUGGACAGGAGAUGGAUGGGAAUUCAUGCUAACGGACCCUGAUGAGGUGGCUCUGCUGUGGGGAAGGAGGAAGAAUAAACCCAAGAUGAACUAUGAGAAGCUGAGUCGCGGCCUACGCUACUACUACGACAAGAACAUCAUCCGCAAGACAGCAGGCAAACGCUAUGUCUACCGCUUUGUCUGCAACCUGCAAGGCCUGCUGGGAUACGAGCCCGGGGAGCUGCAUGCCAUGCUGGACGUCAGUAACAAAUGUCAAGCAUGA